UCCUCCCAUUUCUGGGCCGGUGUUGCUCUCCAUCGCUGCAUGACUAACAGCAGUGCGGAGCUCCAUUGGUUCAGGCUCGUGUCAGUCUGAAGUGAUACUUGUGCGGACCCGCUACAAACUCCAGCUACAUCAGUGAGGAGAGAGCAAAGCAGGACGGGAGGAAAAUGUUGCGGGUCUGCAGCGCCGGGACCGGCUGAGCGGCUCAGACUGAUCGAUAACUGUCACUGCACGCAUCGGAAGAAAGACAUUGCUGAGAAACGCGCUGAAUCGAUCGUCUGGACGUCCGAGUUCUCCGUGGUGUGCCCGCCCUCUGUGGUCUCUCCAUGCCUCCUUCUCCUCUAGACGACAGAAUUGUGGUGGCGCUGCCAAGGCCGAUACGACCUCAGGAACUCCGACUCCGCCUGGACACCAGCUACCUGGAAGCCACCGUGGGCACCGUCGGCGAGACGACGGUCAUCAGCAGCACCACCGUGGUGAAGAUCCAGGCGACCAAGCUUUCGUAUAUGCCCUCGUCCAGCGGCUCCACGCGCUCGCUGACGUGUGGAUGCAGCAGUGCCAGCUGUUGCACGGUGACCACCUACGAGAAAGACGGCCAGGUCAGCGCCAGCAGCCCCAACUUGAACUCCGGAGUCGGCUAUGGCGUCCACGGGAGCGCGCCGGUGGGCCACGGCAGCGCGCCCAGCCUCACCUCCAGCCUGAGCAGGGGCGGCAUGCGGGUCAUCCACCCCAACGAGCUGGCCAAGAAGCUGACGCAUUGCCCGCUGGGCCACCCGGUCGGGCCGGUGCCCGUCAUCAUCGACUGUCGGCCCUUCAUGGAGUUUAACAAGAGCCACAUCAGGGGCGCCGUGCACAUCAACUGCUCGGACAAGAUCAGCCGGCGGCGGCUACAGCAGGGCAAGAUCACCGUGCUGGACCUCAUCUCCUGCCGGCAGAGCAAGGACUCCUUCAAAGGGAUUUUUUCCAAAGAGCUGGUGGUGUACGACGAGACCACGGUGGACCCGGGCCGGCUGACGCCCUCUCAGCCCCUGCAUGUGGUUCUGGAGUCGCUGCGGAGGGAAGGAAAGGACCCCAUCGUUCUUAAAGGAGGCCUUUCUGGAUUCCGACAGAACCACGAUGAUCUGUGUGAACACUCUCUUCACCUGGAGGAAGGACAGGACGGCAGUACCGCGAUGGGCCUGUCGGGGGCGCUACCUCAUUCCCUGCCCUCCACACCUGAUAUAGAGAACGCAGAGCUGACGGCCAUCCUCCCCUUCCUGUACCUCGGCAACGAGAGAGACGCUCAAGACCUGGAGCAGAUGCAGCGGAUGGACAUCGGCUUCAUCCUGAACGUCACCACGCACCUGCCGCUCUACCACUACGACCUCGGCCUCUUCAACUACAAGCGCUUACCCGCCACCGACAGCAACAAACAGAACCUGCGGCAGUACUUUGAGGAGGCGUUUGAGUUCAUAGAAGAGGCGCACCGGGCCGGUCGAGGGCUCCUCAUUCACUGCCAGGCCGGCGUGUCUCGAUCCGCCACCAUAGUCAUCGCCUACCUGAUGAAACACACCUGGAUGACCAUGACGGACGCCUACAAGUUCGUCAAGUCCCGGCGGCCCAUCAUCUCGCCCAACCUCAACUUCAUGGGUCAGCUUUUAGAGUUCGAGGAAGACCUGAACAACGGCAUCACUCCUCGUAUACUCACGCCCAAACUCAUCGGCGUCGAGACUGUCGUAUAGGAUCUGCUUCAGAGAGGAUUUCCACAUGGAAUAUGCUUUCUUGUUGCCAUUUUAGGCACCCUUUCGGAUGAGGAUUUGGAGACUUGCAUGAGGAAAACGAACCGUUUUUUGCUAUCCCGUCCCGUCAGUGUUGAGCCAAACACUGUGCUGCGGUCAUUCGAUGGCUCUUGGCCGCUGGUGCUGGCUAAAGCCCUCAGAGGAGUCUGAAAAUGAAGGCUUGUGAGGUGUAUCAAUCUUCUUAUUCUAUUUUUAUACAGGAGAGCGACCACCUGAGGUGGCUUCACUGUGCAAUAAUUUGUGUGUGGAAAGCAACCGGGUGCGUGACGUGUACAUAACGACAGUGAGACUUUCAGCCCACCCGGUUAGACGCCCUACUUUUGUGUUUUUGUUCAGGCUCUUUUCAUUUAAGUUCAGUUUAGGCACUGAUUUUCCUCUUUAUCACACUUCAAAACACCUGAAACCAGCUUUAUACAUGUUUGGGCACCCAUUUCGCGUCACGUUUUCUUUGUUAUCACUGACAAUCAGAACAAACCUCAUUUGAAUGUCCUUACAAAAGAAAUUAUAGCAUGUUUACUACAGGCAUAUGGACAAGAACUAAAGUAUAUUACUAUUAAAUCAUCAUCAAAAUAUAGAUUAAAGCAGUUGCUUGAAGACGAGAGUGCGUAAAUGACGAUUUUAAUUUUUUUAAGUCACUGUUGCACAUUCAUAUUUGUACUUCUGCUUCUGUAGGUGUGUGUGUGGGAACACAUAUAUUACGCUUGUAUGUAUUUGUGUUUUCGGCUUCGAUGAUCUCGGUUCGACUCUGUCUUGUUAAAAUCAGGUUGUGAGUUCAGCUUGUUUGCGCACACGUCAGCCGUCAGUAAGAAUUGUGCCUCUAUCGGUGCCUUAACUCAUAUUUUGUGACUUUUAUUUUUGAGUGUGCGACACGGUAACGGCUUUAAACUCUUCUUAAAUUCUCUGUAGCGCAAGGGUGUUUCUGUGAGUUUUAAAUGUGCUAGAAAAGUCAAAAGGUCGAUUUUUUUAUCAUGGCUGUGCGUUGUUUUGAAUUGGGGCAUUGGACAGUAUGUUCUUAUUUCUCAUAAAAGAACUGAAACGCUGUGAAAUAACAAAACUCUGGGCUUGUCUAAAUGUCAAAAAUGCAAAGUGUAACAACAGUUUCUUAUUUGUCACCGUCAAAAUCAUGGAGUUUUCUAAAUAAUGCAUUUCAGUUUUUCAGCUUUACACAAAAAUUGCUUAUUAAUUGCUGCUUUUAGAAGUACAACUAGAAUUGGUACCUUGAACAGUUUCACUGAAAUUGUAUCCUUAUAUUUGUUUAUACAAUAUAAAUAUAUACAGAAGUGGCCAAAAAUGGUGUCCAGCCUAUGAAAACUGACCGCUUUAUCCUUGUGAGGAGAGCAAAAGUCUUUGCAAAUUUAUCAAAAUGUCUUUGUAAAUUUGUUAAAAGUUUUGUAAGCAGAUACAAAACCUGUUUUAUUUGAGAUAAUAAAGCAACGAAAUUGUGCAGACAUAAUUUUUUGCUAAUUAUGAACAUGCAAAAACAAGAGAGAACCAACAAAAUAUUAAUAACUGAUUAUGUUGUAGUCAGUGUUUGCUUUUUGUUGUGAGCCUUUUGUUUUUCUAUGCAUUUUAUUGCAUAGUAAAUUUGUUUUCCUUCUCUUUUUUUGCCAUAUAAUAUUGUCAGAUAUAAGUUUAGUGUUUUGUUUUUCCCUCAUAUUUAAAAUAUGCAAAAAAUAUAAAAUAUUUUCUUGAUAUCUUGAUGGUUGUCCCCUCCACUGUAAAAACAAAAUUUUGUUUCAACUUAAAAAGUAAGUGUUCAUGCUGCUUUAAAAUGGUAAGUUUAGUCAACUUAAAAUGUGAAAUUGUACUAAGUGACAACUUGAAUAUUUGAGUUGACUAAACAUACAUUUUUAAUGCAGCAUGAAUACUUGCUUUUAUUAGUUGAAACAACAAUAUGUUUACAGUUUUGGCCACUACUAAAACUGACCGCUUUAUCCAUGUGAGGAUAGCAAAUGUCUUUGCAAAUUUAACACAAUGUCUUUGCAAAUUUGUUAAAGGUUUUGUAAGCAUAUUGCGUAGUUGCCGAUUGUUUUAUUUUUGAUUUUGGCAUUGUGCAGACAUAAUUUUUUGCUAAUUAUGAACAUGCAAAAACAAGAUUAUGUUGUAGUCAAGUUGCUUUUUCCUGUGAGCCUUUUGUUUUUCUAUGCUUUUUUUGUAUAGUAAAUUAGUUUUCUUUUUUUUUGCCAUAUAAUUUUGUCAGAUAUCAUGUUUAGUGUUUUGUUUUUCCCUCAUAUUUAAAAGAUGCAAAAAAAUAUAAAAUAUUUUCCUCAUAUUUUGAUGGUGAUCCCCUCCACUUUAAAAAACAAGCAACUUUAAAAGGUAAGUGUUCAUGCUGCUUUACUAAGUGAAUAUUUGAGUUGACUAAACAAAAAAAUUGAAUGCAGCAUGAACAAUUACUUUUUUAAGUUGAAACAACAAUUUAUUUACAGUUUUGGCCACUACUGCAUAUAUAAUCAUUAAAAAUUUGACAAGCAAACUACUGACUUAACUUAAAAUACUUACAAGACAUCCUCACAAUCAGUGAAUGCAGUCGUUAUUAUUAAUAUUAUUAUUAUAAAUAGCCUAAUAAAAGCCCAGCCAGCAUACCUAUUAAUCUCACUCUCUACUGAUCAGGCAUUAGAAAUAGACAUGAUUACAUUCAAAGCAGUAAAUUAGACACUGUCAAUAUCUGAAAACAAUCUUCUCUUUCUUAGUUCUUCCUGCAGCUUCAGUUUUCUACAAGUCAACAAGACAUAUAUCAUUGAAUGAAAAUGUUUGGAUGAUAAACCGAAUGCAAAGCACAUUUGUAAUAUGUUAUGCUUUCCUAUAUAUUUACUGCUAAAGGUGCAGAUUCUGUUACUUUCAUGUUCAGCUGAUGCAAAAUGUCUUCUUCUGUUCAAACGCUGGUUUCAUGUCACUCGUGUCACACUGUGCUUGUACGAGCGCGACCCGGAACAUCUGAAUCCGGCUCAAGGAUUUAAAGGGCAAAACUCUCUGGGUGCGCUCAUCCCAUUUUGCAGCAGCAGACGGUACACAUAUUUGCUAAUGGAUUUCUAUGCAUUGUUUAUAUUUUUGCACUGACUUAAAAAAAAAAAAAAAAAAAGCUUUUAAUUUUUUUUUUUUUAUUGAUUAUUUUUUCCCACAAAGGUGCUAUGACGCUGGAGGCCUUCCACAAUGUUUUUGCAUGACCUGCUUUGGUAAAGUGUCUUCCUGUAAGCCAAGAGCUCUCUUUAAAUGUCAGAGUUCAAAACACUGUUAUUUUGUAAUGUGGGGUUUGGAAAUAAACGACAAAAAGAAACUA